UUUACUCUUUACUCAUAUUUAAAAGCCCUUGUUAGACGGUAGCGUCAUUGCUAAGCCUUAAUUCACCUGCAAGCUCCCGAUUCAGACACGCCACCGCCGUUCACGCCACCACCGCCGUCCACCACCUUCAGUUAAUUUAGAAUUGAUGGAUACCAAUAAUUGGAGACCUAAUCAAGGCAAUGAACCCAAUAUGGAUGCUAGUGAAUGGAGAGGUCAACUGCAGCCUGAGUCACGCCAAAGAAUUGUGAACAAAAUAAUGGACACUUUAAAAAGACAUCUUCCUGUUUCUGGUCAAGAGGGAUUGCAUGAACUUCGGAAGAUUGCUCAAAGGUUUGAAGAGAAGAUUUUUACUGCUGCAACAAGCCAGUCUGAUUAUCUACGGAAAAUAUCUUUGAAGAUGCUUACAAUGGAGACUAAAUCCCAAGGCACCAUGGCCAACAAUAUGCCAUUGAAUCAAGGUGGCCCUAGCAAUCAACCUCCUGAUCCAGGGCUUGUUAUGCAGCCUCAAGUUCACAAUCCAGGGCCGCAACAUCCUAUUUCUUUGCCUAAUCAGCCCCAGUCACGCCAACAGCUUCUAUCUCAGAACAUUCAAAAUAAUAGUGCAUGUCAACCUAAUUUGCCACCUGUAUCUAGUCUAGCCUGGACUUCCAUCCAAAAUGUUGGCCAGAAUUCCAAUAUGCAGAACAUACCGGGACAGAUUUUAGUAGGGAGCACUAUUGGCCAGAAUUCCCACAUGCAAAAUAUGUUUGCUGGUUCCCAGAGACAAAUGCAAGGAAGGCAGCAGGUUGUUCCCCAACAACAACAGCAGCAGUCACAGAAUCCACAGCAGUAUCUGUACCAACAGCAACAGCUUCAACUGCAGCUUUUGAAACAUAAGCUCCAGCUGCAGCAGCAACAGCAACAGCAGAACCUUCUACAAUCAAAUCAAUUGCAAUCUUCUCAGCAAUCUGUCAUGCAAACACCAUCUGUUAUGCAGCAGCCUUCCAUGAUGCAAACAUCUUCUCUGUCUAGCAUUCAGCACAAUCAGCAGUCUAAUAAUAUUCAACAGUCAACACAGUCAAUGCUUCAGCAACACCCCCAAGUUAUCAGGCAACAGCCACAACAACAGACUUCUAUUAUUCAUCAGCAACAAACACCAAUGACUCAACAAUCAAUAUUGCCUCCACAACAGCAGCAGCAGCAACAGCUUAUGGGGGCACAGACUGAAGAGCCAAGUGGGGGUGAUUGGCGAGAAGAAGUGUAUCAAAAGAUCAAAACCUUGAAAGAAAAUCACUUGCCCGAGUUGAAUGAAAUGUACCAGAAAAUUGCUACUAAAUUUCAGCAGCAUGAUUCCCUUCCCAACCAACCAAAGUCAGAGCAGCUUGAAAAGCUGAAGGUAUUUAAAAUUAUGUUGGAGCGCAUUAUAACAUUCCUCCAGGUUUCUAAGAGCAACAUUACACCUCAUUUCAAGGAAAAACUUGGUCCAUAUGAGAAGCAGAUCAUAAAUUUCAUAAAUACAAAUAGGUCUAGGAAAGCAGUGUCUUCACUGCAACCAGGACAGCUUCCCCCUCCCCAUAUGCACUCCCUGUCACAGUCACAAUCCCAAGCUACUCAGGUGCAGUCUCAUGAAAAUCAAAUGAACACUCAGUUGCAAACGAAAAAUAUACGAGGUUCUGUAGCAACAAUGCAGCAGAAUAAUAUGACAAGCAUGCAGCAUAAUUCUUUGUCUGGGUUAUCCACAACACAGAAUUUAUAUCAAUCACAAAGACCCCUUCCAGAAACUUCAUCAAAUUCUCUUGAUUCAACAGCACAGACUGGACAGCCAAGUGGAGGUGAUUGGCAAGAAGAAGUGUAUCAAAAGAUCAAAACCAUGAAAGAAAAUUACUUGCCAGAGUUGAAUGAAGUGUACCAGAAAAUUGCUACUAAAUUUCAGCAGCAUGAUUCCCUUCCCAACCAACCAAAGUCAGAGCAGCUUGAAAAGCUGAAGGUAUUUAAAAUUAUGUUGGAGCGCAUUAUAACAUUCCUCCAGGUUUCUAAGAGCAACAUUACACCUCAUUUCAAGGAGAUACUUGGUCCAUGUGAGAAGCAGAUCAUAAAUUUCAUAAAUACAAAUAGGUCUAGGAAAACAGUGUCUUCACUGCAACCAGGACAGCUUCCCCCUCCCCAUAUGCACUCCCUGUCACAGUCACAAUCCCAAGUUACUCAGGUGCAGUCUCAUGAAAAUCAAAUGAACACUCAGUUGCAAACGACAAAUAUACGAGGUUCUGUAGCAACAAUGCAGCAGAAUAAUAUGACAAGUAUGCAACCUAAUUCUCUGCCUGGGUUAUCCACUACACAUCAGAAUAUGAUGAAUUCAAUGCAAACUAGUGCCAAUUUGUAUUCAGGACAAGGAAAUGCUAUGAACUCCCUACAACAGGUUCCAAUGAGCUCCCUUCAACAAAACACUGUUAGCGCUCCUCAACAAUCUAAUGUUAACUCCUUAUCUUCACAAGCUGGGGUAAACGUGAUCAAACCAAAUCUUAAUCCCCUUCAGCCAGGUUCAAGUAUACUUCAACACCAGCAACUAAAACAACAUCAGGAACAACAGAUGUUGCAGACUCAACAAUUCAAACAACAAUAUCAUCAGUUAACUGCUUUGGAGGCUUCUGAUUUGGAGUCAACUGCAACAUCUAGUAUCAAGAAGCCAAGGAUUGCGGCUAAUCAUGCCCUUUUGGAAGAAACUAAGGAGGUUAAUCAGCAACUUAUUGACACUAUAGUAGACAUAAGCGAUGAAGAAGUUGAUCCAACUGCAGCAGCUGCUGCUGCUGAAGGAGAAGAAGGGACCAUUGUCAAAUGUUCUUUCAGUACUGUGGCUCUUAGCCCAAGCUUAAAAUCCCAAUAUGCUUCAGCACAGAUGUCACCAAUUCAAUCCCUGCGCUUGAUUGUGCCUACAAAUUAUUCUAAUUGUUCCGCCCUACUACUUGACAAGUUUCCAGUUGAAUCCAGGUCCAAAGAUCCAAGAGGAUGGUUCCAAGCUGGUAUGAUUGUUGUAUUUUGUUUGAUGCUGAUAUUUACUACUUUGAAAUAUGGAUUAUGUAUCUAAAUGACAUUUUGUUGUGUAAUGAGCUAUAAGGGAUUGUCACUAGAAUUAUAUUUUUGGUAACUUAAUGUA